AUGCUGAUGAAGGACAAGAAUCCAAGGGCGGAGGCAGAGGCAGAGGCAGAGACAGAGGCCCGGGCAAGGGGCAACGACAUUGACAAGACCUUGGACCACGGCGUGGUACAGGUGUUGCUGCGCAUCCCGUUGCCGGCCAAAGUCAGCGAGGAGCAGAAUCCCGGCGGCAUUGACCCGAAAUCCGGACCUUCACGCCAUCGGCUUUCCGGGAGCGAGCGGCCAGCAUGUAUGUGCAGUACCCUUGGAUCUCUUGCGUUGUGUUUUAUGAGUGGGUAUCUUCUCACAGCCGACAUUGCUGACCUUCAGGUCACUCACACAUCCCACCUUUCCAUCUUCCGGCGUGUUGCGCUCUACGUCCGACAGGUUUUUGCGUCCUGGUUUCGUCGACCGAUGCCCUCCAACUAUCUCCCUGUCACCCUACCGCCCGGUCCGAUACUCCAGCCGCUGGAAGACACCGGCUACAUGAUCCUCGAGAACCUGAGCGAGGCCCGCUUCGGCAAACAGCUCCCCUACGUUGUGCCCCGCGACCGACCGCUCCAAGGGCUGUUUGCCGACGAACCCGUCAAGACGCGCAACCUCUGCCGUGACCUCUCCCGUUUGAUGCUGUCCCUCGCCCGCGUGCCCCAACACGCAUCGGGUGCGGCACGAACCGUCGGACUCGAUACAACGUACACAAGCGCUGACCGUUACCUGGCGGACCUUGCGCGCUUUCACGAGUCCGGGUUCCGCAUCAAGCCCAAUGCCGCCCUGGGUGAGAGCGAUGCCGAUUAUCAGAUGGGGAUCAUGGUGGCUCUGCGGGCCAUAGCCCACCAUUUCGUGGGCGGCUCAGGUCCUGGGGCCGGACCUGGAGAGAACGCAAGGCGCGGCGACGGCCAGCCGUUUCUUCUGCACCUCUCCGACAGCAACCCGGGCAACCUUCUCGUGGACGACGACUGGCACAUUACCGCCAUCUUUGACCUCGAGUGGCUCUUUGCCGCACCCAUCGACCAGCUGCAACCGCCAUCGUGGCUGACAUGGGAGUCCAUUGACUUUGUAGCAGGGGAAGGCUACGACAGCUACUGUGCGGCGCGCAAGGUCUAUAUGGACAUCUUCCGCGAGGAAGAAGAGGAAAUGGGCAUGGCGGGCCGGUCAGCGGACAGCAAAAUACGAUUCAGCGAUGCCAUGGACGCUAGCUGGACAUCUGAGCUUGCAUGGUUUUACCUUGCGCUCACGUCUGUUGACGGCAUGACACAGAUUUAUGAAAGACGCUUCCGGCCGCUGUUUUGGCCCAGAACACGCAAAAGCAAGGAUGAGAGCAAGGGCGAAAGCAAAGACGAAAGCAAAGACGAAAGCAAAGACCACAGCAAAGACGAACCCAAGGACGAAAACACACAAACAGAGACGACAGAGUUCAACACACUAAGCCAGUUCUGGCAGCUCCGACGCUCGAGCCAUCAUAGCCCAGAGGGUGAUUGGCAGAGAACAGCGCAAGGCGGCCAUCGAGCGACUGUUUGA